AUGUAUGAACUCUGUCUAUCUAUCUAUCUAUCUAUCUAUCUAUCUAUCUAUCUAUCUAUCUAUCUAUCUAUCUAUCUAUCUAUCUAUCUAUCUACUUCUGUUUACAUAAAACAAAGGUUCUAUCUAUCUAUCUAUCUAUCUAUCUAUCUAUAUAUCUCCUUCUGUUUACAAAAAACAAAGGUUGUAUCUAUCUAUCUAUCUAUCUCCUUCUGUAUACAUAAAACAAAGGUUGUAUCUAUCUAUCUAUCUAUCUAUCUCCUUAUGGUUGUAUCUAUCUAUCUAUCUAUCUCCUUCUGUUUACAAAAAACAAAGGUUGUAUCUAUCUAUCUAUCUAUCUAUCUAUCUAUCUAUCUAUCUAUCUAUCUAUCUCCUUAUGUUUACAUAAAACAAAGGUUGUAUCUAUCUAUCUAUCUAUCUAUCUAUCUAUCUAUCUAUCUCCUUCUGGUUGUAUCUAUCUAUCUAUCUAUCUAUCUAUCUAUCUAUCUAUCUAUCUUCUUAUGUUUACAUAAAACAAAGGUUGUAUCUAUCUAUCUAUCUAUCUAUCUAUCUAUCUAUCUAUCUCCUUAUGUUGUAUCUAUCUAUCUAUCUAUCUAUCUAUCUAUCUAUCUAUCUAUCUAUCUAUCUAUCUCCUUUUGUUUACAUAAAACAAAUUUAUCUGUCUCUGUCUAUCUAUCUAUCUAUCUAUCUAUCUAUCUAUCUAUUCUUCUUUGCCAUAUCUAUUCAUGA